GGCUUUCCUGGGUGGCACCGGACCGGAGGGCAGAGGUUUGGCGCUGCGCCUUGCCCUGGCCGGAGAAAAUGUGGUAAUCGGUUCCCGGGACGCCCAACGCGCGGCGCCGCCGCCGAGGAAUUGGCGAGUCUGGUUCAAGGGUCCAACGAUUGCGGCAGCAUCAACGGUUAUGACAACGUCUUUGCCGCCCAGCACGCUGAUACUGCCUUCUUGACAGUACCUUACGGAGCCCAACGUCCCAUGCUGGAGCAACUGGCCGAAGCCCUGGCUGGCAAGGUGGUAGUCAACGUAAUCGCCCCCAUGCGCUUUGAAAGGGGGAAGGGAGCUAUCGCGGUACCCGUGGAAGACGGGUCCGCCUCCGAAGAGGCCCAGUCUCUGCUGCCCAACUCCGCCGUCGUGGCCGCCUUCCAAAACGUAAGCGCAGAGGAACUCCAGGAGCCUGCCAGGGAUAUGGAGGGCGACGUCGUAAUCUGCGCAGACAACAGGGAUGCGAAGGCCCAGAUUAUGUCCUUGACGGAAAAGAUACCCAACCUGCGUCCGGUGGACGGCGGCGGACUGGGUAACGCAAAGUACGUGGAGCAGAUAACUCCAUUGUUAGUGAACAUCAACAGAAUUUACAAGGUACACUCGGGCAUAAGAAUUGUGGGAGUGUAA